CCCCAGGCGCACCAACUCCCAUAGAACCAGCAAUAUUCGCGCAAUAAUGGCGCCAAAAAGCUCUGCCUCCUUGCGAUUCUCUGAUAUUGUCGAUGUCCAAACUUUCGAAAUAGACGAGCCUCGCCGAAAACGAAGGAAAACAUCCACAGAGACGAUGGCAAAGCUUGUCAGCAACUUUAAUGGCGAACAGGUCACCAAGGCCAUGUUGAAGGACGCAGCGAAACUAUUCAGCGAAAACUACGGCGUCUGGGGUAGUAGGGGACCUGGGAAGCCUGGAAGCCGCGUGAAAAUGAGCGCAGACCGUCUUCGAGCACAAUGCCUCCCUGACGGAUCGAGCAGCACAUACGUCACUGUAACCAUCAAUGGAGUCCUGGCAGGUAAUGCUUUCGCAUGUCGCUGGGAGCAUGCGGGUCGUCAAGUCUGCUGGGUCACUCAACUAGUAGUCCACAGCGAUUACCGUGAACAAAGGCUUGCAACCACCCUCCUCUUAACCUUGAUCGACGACGACGACGAUGUAUUUGGGAUUAUGAGUUCCCAUCCAGCUGCGUGUAAAGCCCUUGCGAAGGCAAUCGGAGAUAUUCGGUUUUCCGAGGUUUCGAUGGACUUUGCUCGAAGCCAUGCCGCUGACGUAUUGAAGGCUUCGCCGAUCAAUUAUAUACGAGACGCGAAGCUUUGCGGGAGUAUUUUUCACUCCGACGAUACUACCGGAAUGGUAUCUGGUGUGGAUUCCAACUUCUAUGUCGAUCACGGUGAACCCCUUGAGGCACUUGCAUGGUUUAAGGAAGAUGGAAACUGGCCCCUCGGCGAGCUGCCUGAUGGGCAUGAGUUUUUAUUCCUAGUGGAAAAGUCACGACGGAGGCGUUCACGAUCCGCUUCGUCGCGGCGCGGGCGUACAGGAAACGACGGAGACAAGACGUCUGAAACAGCGCCUUAGUGAUUAGGUGGUUCUGUGUCGCCUCACAAACAUGCGCUUUGUAUUUUACACUGAAUUUCAUCAAAUAAAUAUGUGCCAACACCUGGCAGCAGGUACUCAGGCCUUCUCUUGCAAAGAAUAUUCUCUGCACAAGCGGACAUGUUUCGUGCUCCAUCCAAUUCACCCGAGCAGUAGCUCAACCAGCUUAGAUGUAGGUAAAUAACGGCACAAGUGAAAACCUCCUCCUCUGAUGGAUUGUAACCUGCGUUAAGACGUAGAGCAUCCCUCCAAUACGUUUCAGCUUGUCCGGGAGGGUACGUCCGAGCUAACGCGAUAUACGACCGUACAUGCCCAAGUCGAUCGACGAUAUCGAAAGAUUCUAGAUCGCCCCGUUUUACG